CCACAAGAGAGGAAGAAGGAGAUCAAGAACUUCCAUUCUCCUCCUGACCACCAUCAGACGCGGCGUGUGGACUCAUGUUCCUGCCGGAUGGACCCACGCUACUCGCGUCCUCGCCUCCAGACAUGCACUUCUACCACCACUUCUACCACCAGAACCUGUUUGCCUUGGGAGACCCUACCAGGGGGCUUUAUGCCCCCGGACAACAUAGCUCCUAGGAUCAUUGGGACACGCAAACUCCUCUACCACGAUAAGGUUGCAGCUCAGAGAGGAGCUAUUGUUUGUUCAUCGAAACUAAAGGAGGGUCUCACGUGGGCGACCAUGUUGGGUCAAAGCGUGCGUCUGCAGCCAGUGGCCAUUCAGAACCUGUCGGAAGUGGAACGAGCCAGACUCCAGCAAGUGGCCUUGUACCACCUGGACCAGAAGGACCUGGACUUUAAGAUCAGCAUUCCCAGAGAAGUACACAAACACAGAAAAUCCCUGCGCAGGAAGUUUGACUCAUUUUCCAAAGAAAAAAAGGAGCGUGAGUCCGCCCCCAAGGCGUUCGGCAUCCCCCUCUCGCGGGCCAUUGCCAACGACCGCGCCUUCAAACGGCGUCAGGAUGCCCUAAAAGAGAGCCGGCGGGACUGCUUGGAGCUAGAAUCUAGCAUUCUGCGCUUCAGGGCUGAAAAGAGGGUGUUUUUUAACAGCAACAAGACGCUGGGCGGCUCAUCCUCUCUUACGGGUGGUCCUGCGCCUGCCAACUCUGUGGCCCCGGCGCCACCAUUUGAGGAAAAGCAGAAUAAGCCGCUUUUGGACAACAGCGGGCGAGGACAUAGACGGGGCGGCCUGUCUGUGGAUUCCAUCUCAGACCUUGUGGACAGUCAGUCUCGCCUGCUGGAGGCACUGCAGCUUUCCCAUCCGGCCGAGCUGGAGCUGAAGAAGGGCGGCAGCUCGUCCGAGGGGAGGAGCCAAAGCAAGCUGAGCCUCAACCCCAUCUACCGGCAAGUUCCGCGGGUUCUGGAGCGCUGUUGUCGCCACAUCGAAGCCCACGGUCUCCAGACGGUGGGCAUCUUCCGAGUGGGCAGCUCCAAGAAAAGAGUGCGGCAGUUGAGGGAGGACUUUGACGUUGGCGUGGACGUGCAGCUGGAGGAGGAGCAAAGCGUGCACGACGUGGCAGCCUUGCUCAAAGAAUUCUUGAGGGACAUGCCGGACCCUCUGCUCAGCAGAGAGCUGUACCCUGCCUUCCUGCACGCUAACCUUCUCCGAGGAGCAGAGCAGCUGCAGUUCCUGCAGCACCUCCUCUACCUGCUGCCCCCCUGCAACUGCGACACGCUCCUGCGCCUCCUCACCUUGCUGCACACCGUGCAGAGCUUCGCGCAGGACAGCGUGGACACCAACAACGAGGAGAUCCCCGGCAACAAGAUGACCGCCGCCAACCUGGCCGUCAUCUUCGGGCCCAACUUGCUGCAGAAGGAAAGAGGAGGAGAUGCGGGCCUGCACGCCAUGGACAUCGAGGACAGCACGGCCAUCAUCAAUGUCACGCUGGUGCUGGUCCAGAACUACAAGAGGCUCUUCAUGGUUUCUGCUGAGCUGCAACAGGAAGUCCUGAUGAGUCUUAUCCAGACCGACCCCGACAUUAUCGACUAUCUUCUUCGCCGCAAACUCAGCGGCAGUCACGUGACAGAGACCAGCAGCGAGUCGGGGGGCCGCCGAGACACGGGAGCCUCUCUGGACUCAGUGGGCGCCUCCAGCGGGAGUCUGUCACCGCUGGAGACCCCUUCGCCUCUCUUCCCCCCUGACGGGAGUGGCAGUGAGGGCAGCCUGACCAGCGAGGUCUUCCUCAACGUGCUCAAGCUGAACCAAAGCAGGAAGCGACAUGACGCCAGAUACGGUGAUAUCUGGCCGGGUAAAUCCAUCCACCACAUGCGCCAAUUCCACUCCCACCACAACCUGCUGAGCCUGGUACAGAAUCCUUCCUUCUGCUCCGCCGCCAGUCUGCACGACUCGUUCACAGGGGGCGAGCAGAGGGGCUCCAUGCUGGGUGGCAGAGGAAGCGGCGGCUAUACAGAGAGCAACAUUUGGGUGAGGCAGACGCCUGCCGAAGAGGGCAAGGCCUCACCCUCUGCCAGCUUCUGGGACUUCUUCACGGGGAAAGGGUCGAGCUCGGAGACAGUGGUAUGACGGGUGGAAGGGGGGAGAGAGUCAGAGGUCAUCAGUCAAAUUAUGCUCAAAAUCUGAUUUGAAGUUCGACCUGUAAAAUUGCAUUGGCAAUGUACUACAUAGGCAUCCUGUGCACAUAAUGUCUUUUUAUACAUUUUAGACCUUGAUUGUAGCAGCCUUGAUAUUUUGUUUCACUUUUGUUUUGAGUGUGAAUGUCGUCUAUCUGCGAUGAAGGGCCACUUGUCCAGGGUGUAAACCGCCUUCCGCCCUUGUGUAGCUGGGAUAGGCUCCAGCCACCCCGAAAGGGACAAGCGGUUGAAAAAUGAAAUUGCAAUAAAGUGUCCACUGUGAGGAAGACUUUAAAGCAGCCAAAUGGAACCCAAACUGCUGGUGUUAUGUACUACCUUUUACCACCAGGGGGAAGCAUUCACCACGUUAGCGAGCGUAAGACUCCCAAUUUAUCAGUGAAACUCUAGUCAUUCAAUUUGUACCAUGCUAAUUAGUUCAAGCAAGCAUUUAUUUUAUAUUCCAAUAAUAUCUGUAUUUAUGUACACACAAACAUCUCCCAUCGCACUCUUCCCCCAAAUUAAAGCAAAUUGAAAAAUAGGCUCACAUAUUUCCGAGUUGCCUACACAACAAUGGUAGACAUAUUGCAAGUAGUAGCAUUAGUAGAAUGUCCAAAACAAGUGACAUCUAAGUAAAAAAGUGAAACAUUCAUAAUAUCAAUAUUUAAAUAAUAUACUUUUUUUUUUUAAACACUGUAAUUACAACCAAUGGAUGCAACUUGAUUGAAUGUGCGCUUUUGAAUGACGCAAGACUAUGCCUGCCUUUUUUUUUUUUGUUCAGUUUGAAUACUUAGCUUCGCGUGUAAACAUAAUUUGGUACAAAGAAAUCAAGCAGAGGCGGAGAUAACGACUCCAGCUGGAGGAGGAGGCUGAGCAUCAACAGCCACUCUGCGCUUGGA